GAAAAGUCAAAAGCACAAUAGCCAAAUUCAGGGUGAAAAUGAUCGAUUGAAAAAUGAUCUAAAUGAAAAGCAAUUGAACUGUGAAAAACUAAAGGAUCAAAUUGAGGAUAUGAAAUUUAAGUUACAAGAUUGGGACGGCAUUGGUAAAACAUAUCACGAAAGAAUCAAAGGACUUGAAAACGAGAACUUGAUUCUCAAGGACAAGAAUGACAUCUUGAAGCAACAGAAUAGCGAUGUGCAAGAACUGCUUAGUCAAAAGAAAAAUAUACUUGAAAACGUGGAAAGGUCGCAUCAGAUUGAAUUGGUUGAACUUCAACGUCAGUUAUCGGAACUGCGCGCAGGACUUUCAAUAUAAAGAAGAAAUUCAAAGGUUGAAAGAUGCGUUAAAUAGACACGAUUCAGAAGAACAAGAAAAGUCCUCUGAAAUGUCGUACAAAGAUGGAAAAUUAAGGCAUGCAACAGUAGUUAUAGAGACUUUAAAAAACGAGAAGGAUGAGCUGCAACAAGAAUUAAACUCGAAAUGUGACAGGUUGAAGUUUUUAGAAGAAAAACAAAGACAUCAACGAGCUGACUUCACGAAGCUGGAAGAAAAUCUUCAUCAAAAAGAAAGCAUGAUCAGAAAUCUCCAAGAUGCAAAUGCUUACGAAGAAUCUCGUACCAUUCAAAAAUUGCGUGAAGACUUAUGUGAAUGUGAAAGAGAAUUAAGUAUUAAAAAAGAAAACGAAAAGUUCUAUUUAUCUGAAAUGGAAAUGUUAAAAACCAAGCUUGCUGAGUGCGAAGCAGCUUUCAAAAAAUCAAGUGACGAAUUUAAAGAGCAGAACGAUAAAAUACUUGACGAAAGUGAAACAGAAAUGGAGAGGCUGUUGUCAGAAAAUAUCAAGUUAAAAGAUCGCGUGGAAAGGGUAGAAAAUUUCAAAGUUUCUGAACUUGAAGGAAUGAAAUGUGAAAUAAGCAAUCUUACCUCUGACUUGCAUCAAAGAGAUCUUGCUGUUGCCACUAUGACCGAGAAGAUACAAAAAAUGGAAAGAGAGUUGAGGAAUAGCCACACGGAAUAUGAUAAAGCAAUUGCAGAUCUUCAUGUUAUGAAAGCUCAACUUGAUGCUGUCCGACUUGAAAAUCGACAUCUGAAAGAGGCAUCGCUUCAUGGCGAGCACAAGGAACUUGAUCUCUAUCAUAGCAAUAAACAGUUUAUCUCAGAUUUUCAAGAAGAUAUGAAAACAAAUCCUCGUCGUCACGCGUCUUCCAAUCUUCCCGUGAGUCAAGGGUCGCCUGAUAACAAAAUGAAUGAAAAUCCCUCGACAUCUAGGCCUUCUCCAUUCAGCGAUUUAGAUUACGAAGACCCACCACCUAACCAACGGUUAACAAGUACUUUUACUCCUUCUGGCUUUGCUGAUGACAGAGAUCCACUAAAGUUGUCAUUUGGUGAUAUAAGAGGUUUAGGAUCCGAUUUUGAGAGAUCAAUGCCGUCGUCACGUCGUUCAUCCAUCACCACAAACUUUGUGAUGGAAGAAAAAAGGCGUGAAAAGGAAUUGGAGCGAUUAUUAGAAGCUCGUCUCAACGACCUGAAGCUAAGUACACAUAAGGCUCUUCCUAAGCAAUGAAAUCAACCUGAAAUGCAUGUUCUUUUUCAUAUUCAGUCUAAAAUCAGAGAAACUUAAAAAGGCAUCGAAAAGUCAUGAAAUUUUAUUUAUAAUAAAGAAAGGUUUCUUUUCCAUUUCUCUGUAUAGGUUCCACUGUAAAUAUUUUUUAAGUGUGUCACAUUAAAAUGUUUUAUGACAGCUAA